GAACACCACGUCUCCGCCCCUAGAAUACGGGGUCGAUCUAUAAUAUGUUCGGUUCGAUUUCUUCCUCCGAUCUCAAGCUUUUCAAUGUUUUCAUUACCGUUACAACUCUGUCGAGAUUCUCUCCGAGUGAUUUAAAUUUUUUUUGAACGGCAAUUUCUUUCCGAGUGAUUAACCUCGGCUGCGUCACAUUGACGGGAUUCUGUGAGUUGCGCAGGUGAUUCCAAUAAGCUGAAUCAAGAUUGAAUCUCUCACCCGUUUGGUCUCCACGUACGCUUAGAUAGGCAAGCCCAGUGAGUGUUGGAUUGGUUGAACAAGAUGGUGGAGGUCACCACAAACAAACAGGGUGAAUCAUUUGGCGAGACUGGUGAUGCCCAUGGAGCUGUAUUCGAGUUGGGAGCCUUUGUUGGGGAUUUAGCUGUUGAGGAGGACGCAAGUAUUGAUGAUAUAUCACUUGAAGGACUAGAACAAGAGCUAGAAGAAUGUAAGACUGAUGAUGUUGUUACAAACAUACUGUCUAAAGGAACAAAACUGCGGGAGUACACAAAGGGCGUUGAGAACAAUUUACGCCAAGUUGAAUUGGAUUCCAUUCAGGAUUAUAUAAAUGAAAGUGAUAACCUGGUCUCGCUUCAUGAUCAGAUUCGUGAUUGUGACAUUAUUCUGUCACAAAUGGAAACUCUACUCGGUGGAUUUCAGGUUGAGAUCGGCUCUAUAAGUUCAGAUAUAAAAAUUCUUCAGGAGAAGUCAAUGGAUAUGGGACUAAAGUUGAAGAACCGCAAGGUGGCAGAAUCAAAACUAGCAAAAUUUGUGGAAGAUAUUAUCAUUCCACCGAGGAUGAUUGACAUCAUUGUUGAGGGAGAGGUUAGUGAAGAAUAUACGAAGACUCUUGAGAGUCUGAGUAAGAAGCUGAAAUUUGUUGAAGUGGACCCUAUGCUUAAAACUUCAAAAGCUCUAAAAGAUGUACAGCCUGAGCUAGAAAGACUUCGGCAGAAAGCAGUCUCAAAGGUGUUCGAGUUCAUUGUUCAAAAGCUUUAUGCAUUAAGAAAACCCAAAACUAAUAUCCAGAUCCUUCAACAGAGUGUUCUUCUAAAAUACAAGUAUAUUAUCUCCUUUCUCAAGGAGCAUGGCAAGGAGGUAUAUACUGAAGUUCGUGCUGCAUAUGUUGAUACGAUGAACAAGGUUUUAAGUGCACACUUUCGUGCUUAUAUUCAAGCGUUGGAGAAAUUGCAAUUGGAUAUAGCAACAUCUAGUGAUUUGAUAGGUGUUGAAACCGGAAGUACUAGCCUUUUUUCCAGAGGGAGAGAACCUUUGAAGAACCGAUCUGCUGUUUUUGCUCUAGGAGAGAGAAUAAGCAUUCUAAAGGAAAUUGAUGAACCUGCAUUGAUUCCACAUAUAGCUGAAGCCAGCUCCCGCAAGUAUCCUUAUGAAGUGCUAUUCCGGAGCUUGCACAAGCUGCUUAUGGAUUCUGCUUGUUCUGAGUAUCUUUUCUGUGACGACUUCUUUGGCGAAGAAUCUGUAUUUUAUGAAAUUUUUGCAGGUCCAUUUGCAGUAGUUGAUGAACACUUCAAUUCAAUCAUUCCAUAUAGUUUUGAUGCAAUUGGCCUUAUGCUUAUGAUCCGCAUUAUACACCAGCAUCAGCUCAUUAUGUCUCGAAGGCGGAUUCCAUGCCUGGAUUCAUAUUUGGAUAAGGUCAACAUUGCUUUAUGGCCUCGUUUCAAGAUUGUAUUUGACAUGCACCUCAGCAGCUUGCGGAAUGCAAAUGUGAAGACAUUGUGGGAAGAUGAUGUUCAUCCUCAUUAUGUAAUGAGACGCUAUGCUGAGUUUACUGCUUCACUUAUUCAUCUUAAUUUUGAAUAUGGAGACGGCCAGCUUGAACUGAACCUGGAAAGACUGAGAAUUGCUGUUGAUGACUUGCUUGUCAAGCUUGCAAAAAUGUUUCGGAAGCCAAAACUGCAGACUGUUUUUCUUAUAAACAACUAUGACAUGACAAUUUCUGUACUGAAGGAAGCUGGUCCAGAAGGUGGGAAGAUUCAACUGCACUUUGAGGAACUUCUGAAGAACAACACAGCAAUUUUUGUGGAAGAAUUACUCCUGGAGCAUUUCAGUAAUCUUAUCAAGUUUGUAAAAACCAGACCAUCGGAGGACCCAAAUUCUGGUUCCGAGAGACCAAUAACUGUUUCUGAAGUUGAGCCACUCGUGAAGGACUUUUCUAGUAGAUGGAAAGCAGCAAUAGAGCUGAUGCACAAUGAUGUCAUCACUUCUUUCAGCAACUUCUUGUGUGGUAUGGAGAUCUUAAGAGCUUCAUUGACUCAGCUGCUGCUAUACUAUACAAGGCUCUCAGAUUGCAUAAAGAGGGUCAUCGGUGGGUCUUCGCUGAAUAAAGAUCUUGUUUCCAUAUCUUCAAUAAUGUACGAAAUCAAGAAAUACUCGAGGACAUUCUAGAUCGAUCGCUUUUCUGAUGCCAACUGAUCACUGAAGAUUGUAAUUACUCACGAUUUGUUUGUGGGAAAAGGUAAAUAGAAGUUCUCGUCAUUGUUACAGGAUGUGUUGACAUGUGAUAUUUUUUCCCAUUUUGCCUCGUGGUCUAGGAAGAUAUUGUAUGGGACAAUUUUGUUUGCAACGAUCAUCAAGAGAUGAAUAAUUGCUGCAAAUAUUGUGGUUUAUCUCGGAGUUUUCAUUUACACCGAUGUUGAGUAUGCCACUUUUUUGUAUAUGUUGUACAAUAAGAUGGUGUUAGGUGCCUCGGUACCUCAUCACCUGUAAAAUGUAAGGAAAUUGUUGAAAUUGUAGCUGCUUCGCUCACGUAUUAGUAAAAGUUGGUAAUUCUUUGU